GGAAGUCCCCCCGCGCGUGAACUCGGCGCGGGGCGCGGACGCGGACGAGGGGCGGCGGGGGGCGAGGGGCGGCUCGGCUCGGCUCGGCUCGGCUCGGCGCAGGCAGCCAUGGAAUUGAACUCUCUGUUAAUUCUCCUGGAAGCGGCCGAGUACUUGGAGAGAAGAGACCGAGCAGAACAUGGCUAUGCAUCAGUGUUACCCUUCGAUAGUGACUAUUCCAGAAAGAAAACAAAGGCAGGCACCAUGGCCAGAAAAUCCCAGAAUAACAGGUCAUCACACAACGAGCUAGAAAAACAUAGGCGGGCUAAACUCCGGCUAUAUUUGGAACAGCUAAAACAGCUUGUGCCUCUCGGGCCGGACAGCACCAGACACACCACUCUAAGUCUGUUGAAAAGAGCUAAGAUGCAUAUUAAGAAAUUGGAAGAACAGGACCGAAAAGCUCUAAAUAUUAAAGAACAAUUACAGCGGGAACACCGCUACCUCAAACGCAGAUUGGAGCAGCUAUCCGUGCAGGGCAUGGAGCGUAUCCGCACUGACAGUAUGGGAUCAACAAUAUCCACUGACUCUGAACAAGAAGUAGACAUUGAAGGAAUGGAGUUUACUCCAGGUGAAAUGGACAGUAUUGGAAGUGCCAGUGAUGCUGAAGACCACUACAGUUUGCAAAGCGGUUCGAGUGACGGAGGUUACACACAUUCCCGCAGACUGAAUGCCAGGCUCUCAUAGUGCCUGAGUUACCCGUUCAACUCAGGACCAUCUGACUGAAGCACUUAUAUAUGAAUAUUCCAGAGGUGUCAACUGCCACUCUUCCGGGAAACCCCAACAACAGUACUCUGACAUGGAGGUUUCUUACCCACGGUUCCCUGCACUGUAACCACAAUAUUAGAUAUUGUAAAUCAUGGGUUUGCUGCAGAGAACUGUGGUUAGGUACAGUUGUGACUUAAAGCUAGCUUGAUGUAGCCAUACUGCAAAUUAAAGACAAUAAAUUAUGUCAUUCCAUUCAAGAAGUAUUAAAUUCAAACUGUUGGAAGCAUGGCGUAAGGGAGUUUGACAGUUAUUUUGAUUUUGCAGAAACCAUUUUCAAACAUGGAAGAAUAGAUGGAAUCUAGAAUGUGUUAGUGAUUUGGAGAUACAAAAACCUAAAACUACUUUUUGUGGUAUUUUUUCAUGAAAAAAACCCAAAACGUUUUGAAUGCUGUAUAGCAGGCUCUCUAGAAUAAAUUCUUUCAGCAGUUGUUUGGGUGAAGCAGGCAGAUAAAUCUUCAAAUCUCAGAUGAUCUUUAUAAAAGGUCAUAUAUACAAGUCACUACUGUACUUCAAAACGGGGGAAAAGCCAGCUCUAAUAAUGACUUCAUGUGGGAUGAUCUCAACUUUCUUUUGCUUUUUUGUAUUCAGUAUCCAACCAGCAGCAAAUUGUUCUAUCCAUGUUAACGGGAGUAGUAGAAAGCAACACUGCAGUUUUAACCUGUUACCGUGGAAUGGAUGACAUUUGAAGCAUUUCAGUGGGGGUUUUUUGGUUGGUUUUUUUUUUUUUUUCAUUUCUUUGUCUGAAGAAUACGGAACUCAAGUGAUCCAGUUUGUGAUAGUUAAUCUUUCCUUGCAAGGAAAUGAAGUCUCUGUUUGCUUGUAUGUUUUUUUUCCUUUCUUCUAUUUACACAUGUCAAUACAUUUUUAUGGAAGGCAUGGCUUAAAAUUACAGUAUUCAGCUAGAAGAUAAUUAAUCUUUUUUUUCUUUUGCACACUAUAAUUGCAUUUUCUAUUCUUAAAAAAGUGCAAAAAAUUUAAAAUGUAUGCUGUAAAACAGCAAAGUUUAUUUAGUACUCAUCAAGCUGUUCAGAACAUAUUUACCCAAAUUGUAGCAAUACUAUGAAGAUGUAUUUUAAUACAACUUCUGCUUAGUGAAGUCAUUAGAGCUUGGCUUGCCGGGUAAGAAAAAAAUGGACCAGUCUUUGCAUUAUCUGUUUAAAGAAGGUCUUUUAAAAAAAUAAAAAGAAGAAAAAAAAAAAAGAAAAAAGAAAAAAAAGAAAAAAGCUAUAAACACUUUUAGGGAAGUGAUUUUAGCAAGUGUAGUCUAUAUUUCCUGUAAGAGAUUUUGUAUUAUAUUUUCCUAAAUGUUCUCAUUUACUUGUAUAGGGAGGGGAAUGGUACAGACCCAGACCAGAGUCUCAGGGACUCUUCACCUUUGUCAUAUUGUGCCUUGGUGACCAUUUAUGUAUGCCUCUCCUUUUCAUUGUUUAAAGGACAACUAAGCUUUGUUUCAAGACCCUCUGUUCAAAUGGUCAGUUGUCCACCUCCUUACCGAUGAAGCAGAGAGGUGUAUUUAUAUCUCCACCCUCUCACAACUGAUUCAGUGUGGCUUUAAGUAAAAUCAUGAAAUUAGGUUUUGGUGCGAGGGUUAAUUGUCUUUGUAUAAAGCCCUCCCUUGGAUUCUUCAGCACCCGAAUCUAUAUUUUGUUACCUUAUAAAGAAGUCAGGGUCUCUGUGAGACCAGCGCUCAGUGGCUAGGGAAACACAAACGUACUGUGUAAGGCUAUGGGAUGUCCAAGUGUGGUGCCAUUUUUAGCAUUCAGAUACAAGACCUCAUGACAGACUGACCAUAAUGAUCAAAAACAAAGAUUCAGUUGUUCUUUCAACAUCUGACAUACGUGUCCUCCCUUUGGCUCUUACAACACGGAGUAGAAAUAUGAAUACAUUUUGUGGCAGCUUACAGAUCCUUGUUUGCACUCUCGCUUACUGCUUGGAACUUGCCAACAAGGAAAACGUGUAUGUUUAAUUUACAUAACCUAAUGGACGGCCACCCCUACUUUGGCUCUGGGGAGGGGCCUAAGGUUAUAAACUCUGGCAGCUGAAUAAGAAAACAAUUAACCUUUUCUGUGAUGCAGGUUUUGGUAUUAUGUUCUAUACACCUUGCAUAUUACUAAAAUCCUCAUUGUUGGGGAAAGCACACAGCAAUAUACUCAUUGUGUGUAGCUGACAAGCAGCAGAAAUGACUAGCUCCUUUGGUGCAUAUGUAACUAAUUUCCAAAUCGUGGAAAAAAAAAAAAAAAGAGUUUACUUUAACACACGACUGUUAACAGGAAAAAAAAAAAGGCUAGUAUAUUGUUGCUGUUCAUUUAUUAUAUAAUGAACACACUCAUGAAUUGUAAAGUGUUUCCUUUCAUGACAAGCAGCUCUUGCACAGAACCUCCUAAUGAAAAGAGAUUUGAAACUUACAGAAGGAAAAACGAGAUUUUAAAUUGAACAUUAUUGUACCUUAGGUCGACCUGAAAUUUUCCUUUUAAAGAUGAAUGUGCUAACUUAAUGAGUUCUUCCACGCUGGGUAUCCAUGGCUUUGUAGAUCUUAUAUUUUCAAUAAAAAUUACUCGAAUAAUCUUGAGUGGAAAUAAAAAGGGUUUAUUUGUUUUUACUUUUUCAGUUAUUACAGCUGGGGGCUAUUAGGCCGGUAAAGAAAAAUGACACCGUACUGCCUGUGUCAUUCUCCUUCAAGCGCAGCCCAGUUUAAGGUGGUAUUUUCAGGCACAGCCCCCUUUUCUGCCGCUCGGACAGAAGCAGCCCAGCUGAAGGCAAUGGCACAAGUGUUUCAAGCGUUGGCUUUGGCGGUGGGUUUGGGCGGCCACCUGCCCCCCCCGCGCAGUGCCGCAGUCCAGCCCUGCCCCGGCUGCACCGCGGUGACCGUCGGGGCUCUGACAUCCCUUUAGCAACACGAUUCACCCUGCUACCGAGCAGCCAGCACAGCACUACCUGUGGCAAUAGCACCUUGGGAUGCAAAUAGUUUUUCUUUUUUUUUUUUUUUUUUUUAAAGCUGGCUAUGGGUGCGUGUGCUUCGUGUGUGUGCACGCAUGCAUGCAUCCGUGCACGCAACUGUACCUGUAAUCACGACGUGACUGCAAAACGCAUACUGCUUGCUGCGAGAUUAAAUGCUACCAGCCACCCUGGCAGCUCUGCCGUUUUUCUGUCAUGACCGUGCUUUUGGCAGGUGAGGAGAUACUGCUGCUAAGUUUAUCUGUCUUCCCUGCAAUUACCCCAUGGGAAAAGAAGGAGUAGCGACAAGAUUACAGGGUUGCUUGGUCUUUUCCUCUGGGGAAGAGGCUCUGGAGAGAUGAAGUCAUUGAGAAGUUCUUUUUAUGGAGACGUAGAGGUUUGGCCCAUUUCCUGGUGGGAGAAGAAAGGAAGGGUUUCCCCUGGCAGCACGCAGGUGUUGAGAGGAUGCACGCCUCUCUGUGGUGCCUGGGUUAGCUCUUCCUCUAGCACCGUGGGUGCACUCUGCCUUCACAGGAGGGAGGCACAAAAAAACAGCUUAAAAUUGUUAGCUUUUACUGCAGAUUCUCCACUGCAAUUCAGAAUAUGAAUCUCCUUCACUCCCAUCCUGUCCCUGCCCAGUUUGUACCCUCCCCGGUACAACCCGCUAAGGCUGGUAAAUUUAUUUAUCUUCCAAAAAGCAGGGUUUGGACAGUAGAAACUCUACAGCCCACAGCCUGUAUCCAUCCUGCAUCGUCUUAUGCAAAAAACAAGUUCUUUUCAGAGUGAGUUUUAUCAGAGUAAAGCAGGAAUAAAAAUGUCCCCCAAAUUCCAUGAGAAGGACAGUUUUUCAUCCGGUGUUCACAGAUGAGUUUCUAUCCUAAUUUCUUACUGUAAGAUUUGGGGUGGAAAAAAAAUAAUUAGAAUCUAAUAUAAGUUGCAUCUAACUUAAAGAAUUAAGACUUUUCCUGACCUUAAACAGUGUUAUUUUUCUUGACAUGGAUGAGUAUGUGUUCAGCUAUACCACAUGCAGUCUAAUAUCGUUUUGUAUUAAAAAAAGAAGUUACUUCUGUUGAUCUACAAAUAAAUUACUGCGACAAAUACCAGUAUUCUGAGCAUCCGACUGUACACUCUGCGUAACCCAUUUCAGUGGAUGAACUUAAACGCCAGAAGAAGAGAAGUGGGAAACAGAAAGAGCAGAAGUUGUGUCUGCGUGAGCUCUGCCUGCAGACCUGCUCCCCUUCCGAGCCCCGGGGCCUGUUCAGCCGCAGGAUGUACUUCUGCUUUUCUUGGAGGCACUUACAGCAGUCUCUGCUACUGUGACAAGUGAUUAUUUCACCCUUUUACCAACUUCAUAGCGGACUGGUAGCUGUCGGUGACAUUUUUCAUCCUUGCAGAUCAACCCUGUGGAAAAGAAACACAUUUUUAAAAAGAAUCACACUAUCACAACUUUUAAUCAAGGAAUAUUAAAUUUAUACACUUCUAUUUUGUGAUGGUGUUGAUAAGGAAAUGACUGCAAUACAGAUUACUCUUUCAGAAAUCUGCUAUUUAUUUUUUUUACUACUAGAGGCCAUUGGUUUUGCGUGUAGUAAGAGCCAGUAACAGUGUUGAUAUUCAAUCCACUAACUUGCACUUUUCAAAAUUGGUGGAAGGAGAAUUGAAUCCCUUUAGAUACACUUUAAGGAAGAGCUGUACUCCCUACAAAUACUAAUGGGGCAAACACACUCUGAAAUUAAUUUCCCCAGCAAUGAAAUGAGCCAAUUUGCUUAGUGACUGACUAAAUGCACUGUUGUUAAUUGGUAGCUGCAAAAGAAACAUCCAUGUCUGUUGCGUAACUACCUGGAAUGAAAUCGCAGGGGAUACAUGAACCAAAAAAGAUCAGAAACCAUUUGGUCACCUCGGCCGUUCUUUCUACCUGACGUAUUGUCAAUUAAUGCCAGCAAAGGGGUCCUGGAAGGACACGGCCAGCCAGAGACUCGCCUGUUGGCAAAGACGGGUGAAGGCGCUGCAAUUUCAGAAUUCCUUCCUUCCAUUUCGCACGAGAGCUGUAAAAUGUAGCUACACACGACUUGUGUCAUUGAAAGGGUCUGUGCAAUACGGAUUUUUAAGUGCACGUGAAGUGCUGACAGAGAGCCUUCUGCUGUUUACCGGCCAAAUUGUUGCCUAAAGGUGUUAGGGAGUGGGUUCUGUGCCAGAGCCAUUGGGUCCCAGAGCCAAAGGAACGGUUCACGGUCUGUGAGAUGUAUUAUACUGUACAGAUUCAUUUGUUCGCACGUACAUGGUGCUUGCUACGUUCUGUAGCACACAGAGUAUUGUGUUGUAUCAUUAUCUCGGCAUAAUAUAAAUACAGAUUUUUAUACCUUUUUGUUGUGGUUUUCAUUUUUUUAAAAAAAUUUUCAUCAUUUGUUUAUUUUGUGUAUAGCAUUUCUUCUCUUUGCAAAUCUUUCCAUAUAGGCUUAAUGUCUAUUUCACAAGGAAUUCGCUGAGUUUUAGCAAUUCAAAUUAAUAGUAUGGUACGAAGGUUGGAGUGCUAUUUAAACUAAAGUUCUUUUACGUAUGUUGGCCUAAUGCAAUCCCAAUAGUCAUUAUUUGUCUCUAACCAUGGGUGCUGUAUAAAGUUCCACUACUAGACUUCUGAAGACAAACCAACCUGUAAAACAAAGUGCAAAUUGAAAUGCAUUAGUGUCUGUUUUAAGUAAUUAUACUUGAAAUCAUUCCAGCUCUGUACAAGACAGGGGAAAAAAAAAAGCAUUAAAAGGCAGCCUACAAAUUCUGCAUGUGUAUUUUGUCAAAUAUGAAAAUCACAUCAGAAGCGAUGUACAGCCAGACAAAAAUGAGCAUUUUAGGUUGUUACUAGGAGAGAUGAGAGGAGGGACAGAACUGAAAAGCUUUUGCAAAUUGCAUCGUUAUACUCUCAACUGCAGUGCAUGACAGCCACUGUUUCUUGUUUCAGUUUGUCAAGCACGUUGCACUUAAAAUACAGUGAUGUCUUAAAAAUAUAGAAAUAGUAGUUUUAAGCUGAAAUCAUGGCAAGUAGCUUGUCGAUACGUUUAUGUUUGAUUCAAAUAAGCUGAGCUGCUGAAUCAGUAAAAAUAUUCAUGCCCAAAGCAUAGGAAACUUUUUUUAUUAAAACUUUCUUUGAAAUUACCACUAUCACAGAAUAAGCAUAAAAUACAAUCCAGCACACCACUAGCUUUUUAUAACUUAAUCUGCAACAGAAAAAAAGCUGUAAUAAACAUUUAGCAGUGCUGUAUUGUGGGACAGCACCACUUUUCUUAGCACAAGAAUGAAUUGCAUGGGUUAAGAGAACUAUGACAGAUGUUAUGGCACUAUUUUUGUAAAUCCUGUACAGUUUAUGACCUGUACAGCUUCUU